AUGGCGGAGAAGAUGUAUUACUGGGGCGAGGAGAGGGAUCAGGUCGAUCCCGAUCAAACCUUCAUAGAAUUCAAAGCCAAGGCGGAUAAAAGACGCGAACAGACUCGCGCUGUGCCGAAGAUGACGGUUUCUUCGCCGCAGGGUAAAAUGACUGAACUCAGUAAUAGGGUGGAAGACGCCGAGCGCGGCGGUUGGGACAAUAAACUCGACUUCCUGUUUUCCUGCAUAAGCGUAUCCGUCGGACUAGGCAACGUCUGGCGGUUCCCCUACCUCUGCUACAAAAAUGGCGGCGGUGCAUUCCUGAUCACUUACGGUAUCGCGAUGGUGUUUUGCGGAAUUCCUAUAUUUUUUCAAGAAGUUGCUAUUGGACAAUAUCUCGGAGCUGGCGGAAUGUCACUAGUAGGACAAUUAUGUCCUCUUUUGCAAGGUGUGGGAUAUGCUACGAUGACUAUCGUAUUCUUCCUCGAUGUAUAUUAUUGCAUAAUUAUUGCUUGGACACUUUUCUACCUCAUAAGCACGUUCGUGACUUUGCCUCAAGUACCUUGGAAAGGAUGUGAAAAUGUUUGGAAUACAUAUGAUUGCUUUGAUGCCCAAGGAAACAAAAGUGUGCAUGGAAGAAUAAAUUGUUCGAAUUCUGCCGAAAACAAUACUUGCCAUCAUACCACACCCGUGGAAGAAUAUUGGGAGCAACGUGUCCUCGGCAUCACGUCUGGCAUCGAGACGAUCGGCAACAUCCAAUUGGAGCUGCUAGCCUGCCUGAUCAUCGGCUGGCUGCUCGUUUACUUUAUCAUCCGGCGCGGUCUCCAUCAGAGCGGUAAGAUCAUCUGGUUUUCAGCAUUGUUCCCGUACGUGGUGCUUUUCAUUCUUUUGGGAAGAGCGGUGACGUUGGAGGGCUCCUACGACGGUUUGCUUUACUACGUGACACCGCGUUGGAACGAGCUGCUCAGUCCUGGACCGUGGAUAGACGGCGCUACCCAGAUCUUCUUCGCGUACAGCAUCGGUACUGGUGCCUUGCCUGCCCUUGGCUCGUACAACAAGUUCCACCACAAUUGCUACAGAGACGCAAUAAUCACUUGCGUAGUCAACACCCUGACUUGUCUUCUGGCCGGUUGCGUAACCUUUUCGAUACUGGGUCACAUCGCCCAGGAACAGCAAACGCAGGUGUCCGAGGUCGUCAAGAGCGGACCUGGUCUCGUGUUCCUCACGUAUCCCGAGGUCGUUCUCAAGCUACCGGGUGCUUCGUUGUGGGCCAUUAUAUUCUUCAUUAUGCUGCUCAUACUCGGCAUUGAUAGCGAAUUUUGCAUCGUGGAAUCCUUUAUAACGGGUAUGGUCGACUAUUGGCCAGAUGUACUUCGUCCUCAUAGGAACAAGUUCACUAUUGCCAUUUGCCUAAUAAUGUUCGCCCUGGGAAUUCCGAUGGUCACAAACGGUGGAAUUUACAUUUUCCAACUGAUGGAUUUCUAUUCUGCGAGCGGAAUGUCGAUCCUGUGGGUAUGCUUCUUCCAGACCAUCGCGAUAUCUUGGAUUUUCGGAGCAAAAAAGUUCUGCGAUUGCGUGCAUCAAAUGAUGGGAAUUCGAUUGAAUGGUUUCUGGUACAUAUGUUGGGUUGUACUCGCGCCAGUGAUCAUGCUCUUCAUCUUUGUAUUUCAAAUCGUGCAAUACAAGUCGCUCAAGUACGGCAGUAACUACGAGUAUCCAACGUGGGCAGAAAUAGUUGGAGUAUGUUUGAGUCUCUCGUCUAUGAUAUGGAUACCAGCCUAUGCACUGUACUACGUAAUUGUUACACCAGGAUCGAUCAAGGAAAAUAUUCUAAAGGGUCUGCAGCCGAAUAUAAAAUCGCACGCAAAGUUACCGAAAGGCGAAAAGUCAGCCGUGAUACCCAUGUCAGAGAGCAGCGCGGGCUUAAUCACGAAGAAUAACAGCUUCCUGAGUCAAACAUGAUUAGUGCUAGUGAUCACUUUUAUCUCGUGUUAGGUUACAUUUAUCUUAAAAGUAAUAUUUAUAGUAAGGUAAAAUACGAGUCCAGCACGAUUGGACGUUUAGUAGUAAUUUGUGUCAAAAUGGACGCGUGUCAAAUCAAUCAGUUUCAUGCAUAUGCUCAGUUAUGCAGCAAUCAUCAUAUUAUUAUUUAUUUAAAGAUAAGUCAUAUAGAGUAUUAUAUUUAUUUAAUAUUUCUGGGAACGCUGUAUCAAAUAUUCUUCUUAAUUCCUUAAUGGCUGGUUGAUCAUGGCAUAUCAAUUUUUAUCUAAAAAGGAAAAGAAAAUUUUUGAAACACUUUUUCUAAACGAAUUAAUUUACUAGGAUAUUGAUACUUAUUUAAUAGGAUAUUGACACUUUCAAAAUAGAUUUUCUUGUCAUAUAUUUUAUAACACUUUCUAAAAAUAUGAAACAAGUUUAAAAACGCGGAAAAUAUAUGACGGGGAUCACGUUUGCAACUCAAUUACAAAAGUUCGGCGUUAAUAUGUAAUUAGCCGCACCAGCUGUUAAAGUGUUAAGAGAAUUCCAGCUGACGAGAGACAAUUAUUUGGCGAUCGCAAUUAAACGAUACGUCUGUGUUGACCAAGCUGAUAAGGUAUUCAGUAAAGGGUAUAAUAAGUAUUGGAAGCGGAGCGUAAAAAGGAGUACUUAGGAGUAAUAAUAGUAUACCGCGCUAGUAUUCAGAUAUCUAUUUAUGGGGACGAUUUAAAAGAAGUAUAUUUUUAUAUCGCGAUCAUAUCGCGAUAAUUGUAUGAAUUUGUAAUGGAGAAAUUGUUUGGUUGAUGAUUCGACUGGUUUCAAAGGGACUUUCGUGUUGAAGGAUGGCGUGCGAGGACUUAAAGUGAACUUUGCGUUUUGAUGUGAUGGCUUAUGUCCGCUCAAAGUGGUGCACUCGCGAGUGCUCACGUAGUUAAAGACUCUUCUUGGCGAGUGCACUGAGGGAUUUGCUGAAAUCCUAUAAAUAAAUAAAAUAGAAUGAAAUAAAAUAGAAGCAUAGUGCAUAGAGUAAGUGCGGAUACUGGCAGUUAUAUACUAAAAUAUAUUCAAUAUGCUGAAGUACAAGUAAUAAGAGGUAAAAGUGUAAUGCUUUUGCUGUUCGUACAAAUUUUGAGAUCGUUUAGUGCGUUCGCCGAGAGAAGAGACGUCUUCGAUUCCAACCAGUCGCAAUAAUCAACUAGACAAUGGCAAGAUACAGAAUAUUUCUAUCACAGAGUUUUAGCAGUUAGUGUACUGCAUCCACAUAACUUCGACAGCACAAAUUUUUCAAGAUUUUUUUACGUUUCACAUUUAUAAAACGUACAUUAUGAUGCAAUUAUAAUGACGCGUUUGUACAAUGUGAUGUAGGAUUACGAAGCGAUACCUUUGGCUAUUUAUUUAUUCAAAAUUUCAUUUUUUGACGUGUAUAAUGCCGGUAACAGAAUCUUUCAAUUUCUCAUACCAAUUGUUACUUUUUAAAACGUACAGAAAAUGCAAAAAGAUUAUCAAUGCUUGCAAUUAACGUAACGGAUGAGUAUUCAGUGUCUGAGACACGUUCAACAGUAUUUUAUAAUGUUGAAGUUAAAUUUAGAAGAGAGAAAGAUAUGUUAUAUAUAUAUAUUAUAUAUAAUAUAUAUAAAAUUAUUCGCGAGAGAAAUUGAGAUUUUUAUUCGAUAGAUAAAAUGUUAUCCUAUUUAAUCUUCGAAAGAUUCCAAAACAGAGCUUUAAGUCGGUUAAUCAGUUAAAAUGCCAAAAUAUUCUUUACAUAAAUUUGUAACAAUCCGUAAAAUGUAAAAUUAAUUUUUCUUUUAUUAGUAAUGCCAUGAUUAAUGUUUCUUAUCAUUUUUUUCGAGACUUUCGUUCAAGAUACUCCACAUUUGCUCGAGAUAAAAGCAAUAACGAUAAACGCGAAACGAAGCGAGCACUUUUUUUCGAACCGGCCUAAAAUUCGUUGAGGAUAUUUUCUCUUAUUUAGUCCGUAGAGUACUCGUGAUCGCGGGCACUAUUCGUCGAAGUGUUGCAAUUGUUGACAUUGUACAGUGCUAAGAAACGGCUGAUAGCUUAACGCGAUAUUCGUUUCUAUUUUAAUACCGUAUAUUGUUGCGACGCAAAGUACUUCCAAUAGUAAGCUAAGAAUCGCGAACGAUACUAUAAGCCAGUUGGGUCCGCGUUGAACAACACAUGCAUUCGAAAGCAGCACGAUUAAUUUGCGACUUCAUUCAGUGGUUGACACAUCGGCACCUACGAUGUGCAUUUUGAGAUAAGAUGUCUAAUUGCACAUUAAGACCGAGGCGUUCGUAUAAUACGGUCACAAGUAUCGAUCCUUUAAUUACGUAAUCAACGAAUUAUCUGAUGACACGCGAACAUGUAAGAAAUUCCUUCGCAACUAUCAUGAGAAUAGAAACAACACUGCGACCGUACGUGUAACAUCGCAAACAUUUGUUCAGCGCAUGAUUAUAGCGUAAUAGCGUAAUUUCCACGUAACUGUGUAUCUCAGUAAGUGUAUUCGAUGUAACGUACACAGGCACAGGCCAGAAGUGUGAGUACGAAUUUCCGCGAUUAUUUGCACGACGGUAUCUGUAUAUUUAAUAAUUGGAUUACAUAUUGCCGAAUGGAUUUGUCGAGAUCGCGCGGACAGUUCGAUAACGGCUCUACGAAUUGAUGUUCGCAGCUAGAGAGAUUCGUACAAAGAAUUCAAUGUUACGCGAAUUAUAUUUCUAUAUAUGUAUAUAUGUAUAUGCAUAUACACAUAUAUUGUAUAUAUGUAUGUAUAUAUACAUGCAUUACGUACAUGUUUUGUACGAUCUAUAAUGACGUAUGAUCGUAAAAAAAUCAAAAGAUUUGAGCCCAAGCAGUAUUGUUUUUGUAAACGGAAAUUAAAUUACGAUUAUGAAGAAGAGAAUCCGCUUUCUUUUCAUUGCUACAAAAUUUCUACAUUUUUGAUUAUUUUCGGUUGUUUGGAUCUUUAAUUCUAUAUUAUGCAGAUGGCUGUUCGUAUCGUUUUGCAUUUACUCGUCUGUCGCAAAGAAAAAUUAUUUCCAAAAGAUUAGUAUGCAUUCGUUCACUCCCAAGUAUUUCUCGGAGUAUAUAUACAUGAUUUUAAAUUUCUGUUAACUUCAGCGGAGAACAUGAAAUUUCGCUCAACAUAAAGAAUUUAUUUAGAUGUUUAGAUAUAGAUUUAUUCAUAUUUUAGAAUAUAAAAUACUUCGAUAUACUUUAUCAUGCGUGAAAAAUAAUUAAUUGUAUUUUUAGGUUUCUCUUAUACCAACGUAAUACGCUUUUCUAUAUUAACGAUAUAAUCUAUACAUAUAAAAUCCCUAUUCUGUCUGUCGGUGAAUUGAUCGGGUACUUCCCGACAUGCUAGAAACACCAAAUUUCGCAUGGUGAUAGGGGUUCACCCCCAGGUAAUGGGAAAAUUCUUGAAAUCUUUAAUUUCGAUCCAGGGACUUCAAUCUGACUAACAAAAAAUAUUCACUAACAGCCACCUUAACGCCUGGCAUAGACAGGCUUUUUCCUUGUAUUAUAUAAUUCUCUACCUGAAUUGAUUUCAGGACUUUUUAAUGUUCUUCAUCCGACAAAUUCUUUUGAUAAUAUAUUUUUCUAUUAUACUUUUUGCGUGGUUUAUCAACGACAUUAUGCGUUUACAGCACUUUGUAUCUUGAGAGCUACAAACGUUUCUAUGUUUCACGAAUUAUGGGAAACGAAUAACAGAGUGAAACGGUGUGUACGAAAUUUUUCACGGCACUUUCAGGCAAGCAGACAACGUAAUCUGAGUCGCAAUGUUAUACUAUAUGCUCCAGCGCAGAAAUUCGUUUAAAACGAAUUUUUCCGUUUCACUUAUUUUUACAAGCGCGACAUGCGUUAUAAACGAUGCAUUAUUCACGAACGUGUAAAAUGGCUUGAUCCAUUGAAUGUUUCACAUAUGUACGGCAUUAUGUAUGCGUUUCCGGCUAAGCUGUAACAAUAUAUGUACUUGAAUAAAUAUUAAUGCCUAUCAUGUA